AUGGAUCCAAGGAAGCUCAAUGCCAAGGGCAAAUGUCUCAGCCGGGGUUGCGGGGUACGCGCAAUUAGGGACCGCGACAUCGGCCCAGAGCAGGAGAAAGAACGUUGUUUAAAGAGCCUCUGCGAGUUGGCUUCGCCCCUCGUACACCUUCCAGAGGUCCGGGACCUUGUAGGUUGGGAACAAUUGGAUAUGAACUGCAAAGAUGAUGAUGAUGAUAAUAAUGACGAUGUUGAUAAUGAUGAUGAUGAUGAUGAUGAUGAUGACGAUGAAUUAUAA